GCGGGUGGCCCCCAGGAGGGCAGCACAGAAACGGGCCCUGAGCUGCCCGGGCUGCCUUUGGGGGGCCGCCCCGCCCCACCCCUCGCUCUUGGCUUCCUCAUUCUGAGUUCUGCUUUGGCUGAGCAGCUGCGCUCCUGCCCUGGUCGCGAUUGCGGCCAAGAAUGGAAAGUCCCACUCUCCCUGCGUGGCCUGCAGGGAGGCUGGCCGCCCCUGCCACUGCCCCUGCCCGCGGCCCCUGCCCGCAGCGGACGGGGUCCGGCAGGUCCCUCCGGAGCAGCAAGGAGGUGGUGGUGUAACGCGCCGCCAGAGCAAAGGUGUCUGUGCAUCUGCAGAGCAGAUGCCGUGAGCCCUGCUGCCAUGGCGGAGGAGAAGCUGCCGCAGCUCGUCGACUACUUCGUGGUGGCCGGCUUGACCGACUCCUCCAGGGCCUUGGAAGAGGAGAGCCAGCAGCCCCGGCCGGCCCGGCCCAGCGAGCCCAUCACCGACGUGGCCGUGGUCAUCCGCUCGCAGGGCGAGGAGGUGCCCCAGGGCUUCACCUGCAUCGAGAGCAGCACGGCCGGCCACCCCGUGGACCUGAAUGCCAGCCUCCUCAACAGCCCCCAGAUGUACCUCUGCUACAAGCGGGGCCGUGGCAAGCCGCCCCUCAUCGAACUGGGGGUGCACUGUGAGGGGAAGGACCGCCUGAAGCCGGGCUACGAGAUGGUCCGCACGACGCCCUACAGCCGCUCUGCCAACCUGAGCUCGGGCGCCGCCGGACACCAGCGCACCUUCCUCACCUACCGCCGGGCCGCUGAGUCCCAGGGCCACAACACCCUGGGCAUCACCGACAUCUGCCUGGUCGUGCCCAGCAAGGGGGAGAACACACCUCACACCUUCUGCCGGGUGGAGAGGAACCUCAACGCCGGCAUGUGGGGCCCGGCUGUGUUCCUGUGCUACAAGAUGGCCAUGUCCAAAGCCAACACCCUGGUCUACGAAGCAGGUCUCUUGAGCCGCUAUCCUGAGCAGGACAGUGAGUCAUUCCCGCUGCCUGACUCGGUGCCUGUCUUCUGCCUGCCCAUGGGGGCCACCAUCGAGAGCUGGCCCGUCAACACCAAGUACCAGCUGCCCGUCUUCUCCACCUUCGUGCUGACGGGGGCUUCGGGGGACAAGGUGUACGGCGCUGCCAUCCAGUUCCAUGAGCCCUACCCGCGGGAGCGGCUGUCAGAGAAGCAGAGCCUGCGGCUGGGCCUGCUCAGCGUGGUCGACCGACGCCCCAUCGGCAGCAAGUCGGUGCAGACUCGCCGCAGCAUCUGCGUCCUGUCGCACUGGCCCCUCUUCGACGUCUUCCGCAAGUUCCUCAUGUUCAUCUAUCGCUACUCCAUCUCGGGGCCCCACGUGCUGCCCCUGGAGACGCACAUCUCCCACUUCAUGCACAACGUCCCCUUCCCGUCUCCACAGCGCCCGCGCAUCCUGGUGCAGAUGUCUCCCUACGAUAACCUGCUGCUGUGCCAGCCUGUGUCCUCCCCGCUGCCACUCAGCGGAGCCAGCUUCCUGACCCUGCUGCAGAACCUGGGCCCUGAGAACACCGUGAUGCUGCUGCUGGCCGUGCUGACUGAGCAGAAGCUGCUGAUCCACUCGCUGCGCCCUGACGUGCUGACCAGCGUGAGCGAGGCGCUCGUCUCCAUGAUCUUCCCACUACGCUGGCAGUGCCCCUACAUCCCGCUAUGCCCGCUGACACUGGCAGACGUGCUGUGCGCCCCAGUGCCCUUCAUCGUCGGCAUCCACUCCAGCUACUUCGACCUGCACGACCCGCCCCGUGACGUCAUUUGUGUCGACCUCGACACCAACACGAUCUUCCUGAGCGAGGAGAGGAAGCUGCUGUCGCCCCGCGCGCUGCCCCGCCGGCCCUGCAAGGUGCUGCAGGCUUCACUGCUCACCCACUUCCAGCAGCUGGAUGAGAUGUACAACAAGCCAGUGGAGGAGGCAUCGCUAGAGUUCCUGCUCACCGACUAUGACCUGGUGUACGGGCGGCGCAAGCAGCUGGAGCUGGAGAUCCAGGCCUCCUUCCUGCGGUUCAUGGCCUGCGUGCUGAAGGGAUACCGCUCCUUCCUGCUGCCCAUCACCCGGGCGCCCUGCGACACCACCCACGACUCCAGCAGCCUCUUCUCCCUGCAGGGUUUCCUCAAGUCCCGGGACCGCGCCUACCACAAGUUCUACGGGCAGCUGCUGCGCACGCAGCUCUUCACGCAGUUCAUCCAUGAGUGCUCCUUCGUCAGCGACCGGCACGCCUGCCUGGAGUUCUUCGACACCUGUGUCGACAAGGUGCAGGUGGAUCUGGAGAAGGCUGAGGACAUGCCCCUGAUAGAGCUGGACGACUCACACGGCAGUGAGCACACGGUCUUCAUCAUGCCCCCUGAGGAGCCCCUGGGCCCCGAUGGCACUGAGCUGCCCGCGCUGUACUGCUACGACAGCUUUCCUGUGCUGCGGGCCGAGCUCUUCGAGCGCCCCCAGGACCAGUUGGCGGCUCUCCUGUGCCAGCCCAAGAGCAGCACCCCAACCAGCCCUGCACCACGCAGGACCAAGCAGGAGAUGAAGGUGGCGCAGCGGGUGGCACAGAAGUACUCGUCCGUGCCCGACAUGUGGGCCCGGUGCCUGCUGGGACACUGCUACGGGCUGUGGUUCAUCUACUUGCCCACCUACGUGCGGGCCGCCCCUUCCAAGGUGCGGGCGCUGCAGACGGCCUACGAGGUGCUGAAGCAGAUGGAGAGCAGGAAGGUGGUACUGCCGGACGAGGUCUGCUACCGCAGCCUCAUGCAGCUGUGCGGGCAGUAUGGUGAGCCAGUGCUCUCCGUCCGCGUCCUGCUGGAGAUGAAACGGGCCGGCAUCGUGCCCAACACCGUCACCUACGGCUACUACAACAAGGCUGUGCUGGAGAGCAAGUGGCCCUCGGGCACCCAGGGCGGGCGGCUGCGCUGGGCCAAGCUGCGCAAUGUGGUGCUGGGCACUGCCCAGUUCCGGCAACCCCUGCGGCAGCGGCAGCUGGAGAGCGAGGCCCGGGGCGGCGCCUUGCCAGGCUGUGUGGAGAACCAGGGUGCCCAGCCCCGCCCCAGCCUCCAGCGCCACACCACGUGGGCCGGGCACAGCCUGCGCGAGCCCUCGCCUGGCCGCCAGUUGGCGAAGAGCGGAAGCGGCACCUUCCCCCGCAGCGAAACGUCCGCGGUGGAGGCCGGCGUGGCCCAGAUGAUCAAGGCCCUGGGGGUGCUGGAGCCUGGCAGCGACUCGUUAGUCGCCCUCCCCCCCGGCCUGCGCCAGCUUCUGGAUGGGCCCGGCAGCUCGGAGGACGGGAGCCUGUCAGACGUCAGCUUCCAGACGGACGAGAGCGACCGGCCGACCCUGGACAGCGCCGAGGUGCAGAUGAGCCUGGGGCCGGGCACCCGGGGCACCAAGCCAGGCCAGCGCGACGAGAACCACAACAGCCUGGGGGGGACGCCACGCCGGGGGCUGGCUGCCAAGCUGCAGCAGCUGCUGUCCCCAGCCAAGCGCCCCUCCCUGCGCCACACCGCCAGCGUGGAGCGAUCCAGCGCCCAGCAGGACGCCAGCUCCCUGCGCCGGGCCUCAGAGCAGACAGAGACCCUGCCGCGCAAGAGCCCCUUGGAGAGCCUGCUGCACCCCCAUGAGCGCCCCGACUCCACUGCCUCAGAGAGCUCCGUCUCCCUGGGCAGCGAGUUUGACCUGUCGGACACGUCACUCGGCAGCUUUAGCCUGCGCAAGUCGUCGGACCCACUGCCUGAGGCUGUGGCUGGGCCGGAGCUGCCCCCCGUGGAGGUGAGCCCCCCCACUCCCUGAACCUGCCCCAGGCCUGAGCUGGGACCUGCCUGGGGCGAUCUGUGCUGAGUGGGAGUCCUGUAGCCACGGGGCUGGGGGCAGUGAGGGGCUCUGACAGUGACCCCCAUGGCCCGGAGAGGGG